GGUAUUUGACUCGAAGCAGCACCUUUGGUGUGGAGAAACAGUUGGGGAUGGAAAGCUUUCAUCUUAUCAACAGCACACACCUCGGGCGAGGAUGGGAGGAUUCUUGCCCACUCUCGUUGGGUGGCACCACCUUCCUGAUCAUGGCCUACAGCACCAUGCUGGCUGUCGGCCUGGUGGGAAACACCUGCCUUGUCCUGGUUAUCCUGCGGCAGAAGGAGAUGCGCAACGUGACUAACAUCUUCAUCGUCAACCUUUCCUUUUCUGACAUCCUCAUGUGCCUUAUAUGUCUCCCCUCUACCAUUAUCUACACCCUGAUGGACAGAUGGAUUCUAGGAGUGGGUCUAUGUAAAUUGACUUCGUUUGCCCAGUGUUUGUCCAUCACAGUCUCCAUCUACACCUUGGUGCUGAUCACUCUGGAGAGGCAUCAGCUCAUCAUCCAUCCCACUGGUUGGAAGCCAGUGCUUGGACACUCGUACCUUGCUGUGGCCGUCACCUGGAUUAUGGGGUGCUUCAUCUCGCUGCCCUUCUUUUCUUUCACAGUUGUGGAGGACUUCAGUUCACAAAACCUCACCUUUCCAACGAAUCCCUCUGACGCCCACCUGGUCUGCAUGGAAGAGUGGCCAUCAAAUGAGAGCCGGUUAUCGUACACUACAUCGAUGCUGGUGUUUCAAUACUGCCUGCCUCUUACAAUCAUCAGCGUCUGCUACUUCCGCAUUUUUCUCCGCCUCAGUCAACGCAAAGACAUUAUCGAGAGGACAAGGGAUGCACGUCAACGCAAUGCAAAACACUCCAAGCGGAUCAACGCCAUGCUAGCCUCCAUCGUGGCCCUGUUCGCCCUCUGCUGGUUGCCGCUGAAUGUAUUUAACACCAUUUUCGACUGGAACCACAACGUCUUAACGUGGUGUCACGACGCUGUCUUUUCCGUGUGUCACCUCACUGCUAUGGCUUCCACAUGCGUCAACCCCAUCAUCUACGGCUUUCUCAACAACAAUUUCCAGAAGGAGCUGAAGUCACUGCUGUAUCAGUGCCGGUGCUCAGGGGUUCCUCUGAACUAUGAAAGUUUUCCACUGUCCACCGUCAGCACCGAUGGGACGAAAGCCUCUGUUGUCAGCAAUUUCUCUGAGAGUGUCGCCAUCUCACCACAACAGCUGGAAAAGGAGGUCUUGUAAAUAAGCACCUCAUAGUCUACAUGUUCAUUAGACUGAGUAACAGUUGUCGGCUUAAGCGCAUGCCCAUAUUUGCUCAGCUAUACUUUGAAAAACAAGACUGCUUCCAUAUAUCUAUGAAUUGGAUUGCAUUGCUGAACACGGCUCAUAGAUCAUCAUCCGCAAACUUUUGGCACCGAUUUGAAGAUGAUUGGUAGCAAACCAAUGUUAUUUGUGAUGGGACCUCAUGUUCAAAGAAUGUAUCCUUAUGAUUGGAGGGGACUGUGUGAAUACUGAGGUUUGUUUUCUUGACUAAAUGACAAAGCACUC